AUGGAGAUGAAGGUCAUGACCGCUCUUGCUAUCAUCACUCCCCUAUUCUUACACCACCUCUCUUUCACCAUUGCCGACCACACAAGAGCGUUCUCCAAUAGCUCGGCCGGUUUUAGCCUCCCAAUCUUCGCCAAGCAGAGCCCUGACCGCACCAUCCGUCGCGGCACAGACGGCUUCCUGUAUUUGCAGCACAGCCUCAGCGCCUCGGCGGCCAACAUCACCACCGUAGGCCCGGUGGACGACCGCCUACACCUCACGGAAGUCCACUUUGGCACCGGUGAUGGGAGACGGAAGCUCCUUCUCGAGCUUGACGCCACGGCCCCUUUGACAUGGAUUCAGUGCAUACCGUGUCAUCCGGUGGCCACCCAGACGGGGCCUCUGUUCGACGGGGAGCUCUCGCCAACCUUCCAACAUGUCCACUCCAGCGUUUGCACGCCGCCCUUCCACCCCGACCCCACCAUACAUCGUUGUCAAUUCAGCAUCUCUAAUCCGAUGGGCCUCUUGGUCCAAGGCCUCCUCUCAGUCGACCAAUACACAAGAGAAGAUGGCCUUGUGUUCCCACGGUUCUUCUUCGGCUGCGUCCAUGAGACCCAUAACUUCCAUAACAUCAAUACAUUCGCCGGCAUUUUCGCAUACAGGAAGUUUGCGGUGCAGGCCAUGGCAAACAGGCUAACCCGCUCAUCCUACUGCCUCUUUCGGGAAACAAACCGUCAGGGCUUCCUCCGGUUUGGAACCGAAGCCGACAUCCCACACAAGCCGCACUACCAGACCACUAGGAUCCUGCCGGCGAAUGACGUGCACGAGUCAGCGUACUACGUGAGCCUCGCCGGAGUCAGUGUCGGCGAGCGCAGGCUCAGCGGGGUUCGCCCAGAGAUGUUUGCCCGCCGUAAGGAUGGGCAAGGUGGGUCCAUCAUCGACCUCGGAACGCCGCUGAUGGAAAUAGUCGAGGAGGUGUACCACGUCGUCGAGGAGGCCGUGUGGUCAGACCUUGAGCGCUAUGGAGCGGAGCGAGUGGAGCAGGCCGGCUAUGGGCUCUGCAUCCAGGCGACGGAGGCAAUCAAGGGGCGCCUCCAAUCCCUAUCGCUUCAUUUCGCGGAGGAGGAAGCAACGCUGGUGAUCUCACCAAAGCAGCUGUUCUUGAUGAUGGAUAACAAACAAGCAGGGCAGAUUGCGUGCCUCGCCAUGGUACCGGGACCCCGGACCAUCAUCGGCGCAUUGCAGCAAGUGGAUACGAGGUUCGUUUAUGACCUAAAGGAUAACAAGCUUUCCUUUGCACCAGAGUCAUGCAUCCAGGACACUGUCCCGGUCGUUUGA